CCCGUGAUCUGGCUGUUACGAUUCCCUUUCUCUUCUCUCAUCACCACUGUCCAUAAAUAACUCUCUUUCUCUCUCUCCUUGCUUUAAAGACAGCGUGACCACAGUCUCGAACGUAUCUAGACUGAGAACCGGCAUGGGGAAGGAGGAGACGGAGGAGGAGAUGGUGCCGGAGAAGGAAGAGAAGGGGGGAGGGGAGGAGGCGACGUCGGUGGAGCGGGUGUUCGAGGGGCAGCGGGUGCCGGCGUGGCGGGAGCAGCUGACGGUGCGGGCGUUCGUGGUGAGCUUCUUCCUGGCGGUGAUGUUCAGCGUGAUCGUGAUGAAGCUGAACCUGACCACCGGCAUCAUCCCCUCCCUCAACGUCGCCGCCGGCCUCCUCGGCUUCUUCUUCGUCAAGCUCUGGACCAAGGGCCUGGAGAGCACCGGCCUCCUCCGCACCCCCUUCACCCGCCAGGAGAACACCGUCAUCCAGACCUGCGUCGUCGCCGCCUAUGGCCUCGCCUUCAGCGGGGGCUACGGAAGCUAUCUUUUCGGCAUGAGUUCAAGGGUUGCUGCCCAAGCAACAGAUGACGAUGACUCGCAGAACAUAAAGGAUCCACGUCUUGGAUGGAUGAUUGGAUUUAUGUUUGUCGUUAGCUUCCUUGGACUCUUCUCUGUUGUUCCUCUCAGAAAGAUAAUGGUCAUCGACUACAAGCUGAUAUAUCCAAGUGGUACCGCCACUGCAUACCUCAUUAAUGGCUUCCACACUCCUCAGGGUGAAAAGCUAGCCAAGCAACAAGUACGGACUUUGGGCAAGUACUUUGCUGGCAGCUUCCUUUGGGGAUUCUUCCAGUGGUUUUAUACUGCCGGUGACGGCUGUGGAUUUGCAUCAUUCCCUUCGCUUGGUCUUCAAGCUUUUGAUCACAAGUUCUUCUUUGACUUUUCUGCAACUUAUGUUGGAGUCGGGAUGAUCUGCCCAUAUCUGGUGAAUGUGUCUGUUCUCCUUGGAGCCAUCCUUUCAUGGGGAAUCAUGUGGCCUCUCAUAGAGAACCAGAAAGGCAACUGGUAUUCAGCAACUCUCCCACCGAGCAAUCUUCAUGGACUGCAAGGUUACAGGGUCUUCAUCGGCAUUGCCAUGAUCCUUGGUGAUGGCCUCUAUAACUUUCUCAAGGUCCUGCAUCGAACGACGUCCGCUUUCAUCACCGCCGCACGCAAACGCCCCGCGGGCACUCUUCCUGUCUCCGACGACGACCGCCCUACUUCGGCGCUGUCGUUCGACGACGAAAGGCGAACCGAGGUCUUCCUCAAGGAUCAGAUCCCCAGAUGGAUAGCGUACGGAGGCUACGUCACCGUCGCCAUCGUCUCCAUUGUUACGCUCCCACACAUCUUCCAUCCGCUCAAGUGGUACUUCGUGUUGGUCGCCUAUGUUAUCGCCCCGAUCCUUGCCUUCUGCAACGCCUACGGCUGCGGCCUCACGGACUGGUCUCUCGCCUCCACCUACGGGAAGCUUGCCAUCUUCAUCUUCGGAGCUUGGGUUGGCGCCGGUAAUGGUGGCGUGCUGGUAGGUCUCGCAGCCUGCGGCGUCAUGAUGAGCAUCGUCUCCACUGCAUCCGAUCUCAUGCAAGACUUCAAGACCGGAUACCUCACGUUGGCUUCUCCGAGGUCAAUGUUCGUGAGCCAAGUCAUCGGCACUUGCAUGGGCUGCGUGAUCGCUCCCUGCGUCUUCUGGUUGUUCUUCAAGGCGUACAAGGACAUCGGCACGCCUGAUAGCGAGUACCCGGCGCCGUACGCCAUCAUCUACCGCAACAUGGCCAUCCUCGGAGUCGAGGGCUUCUCGUCGCUGCCGAAGCACUGCCUCACCCUCUGCUACGUGUUCUUCGCGCUCGCCAUCGUCAUCAACCUGGCGAGAGACCUGGCGGGCAAGAAGGUGGCGAGGUUCAUACCGAUUCCGAUGGCGAUGGCGAUCCCCUUCUACAUCGGCUCCUACUUCGCCAUCGACAUGUUCAUCGGGAGCGUGAUACUCUACGUGUGGGAGAGGAGAAAUAAGGCCAAGGCGGACGCGUUUGCUCCGGCGAUGGCGUCGGGGUUGAUAUGCGGCGACGGCAUAUGGACGCUGCCGCAGGCGGUUCUCGCGCUUGCUCAGGUGAAGCCGCCGAUAUGCAUGAAGUUCCUGUCGAGGACGAUGAACGAUAAAGUCGAUGCAUAUAUCUCCACGUUGUCGUAGUUCCACCGGAGUCGGUGGAGAAGAAGUCAAGACGGUCAAAUCUACUCAUAUCACGUCAUAAGCUGCUUUGGUUUCGGUACUAAUAGCCUUGUAAUUACGGUUUAUGCUACUUUUGUUCGACGUUAAUGUUGUCUAUUGUAAGAACGUGAUAAUAGUUUGGGUCUAUUGCUUGUUGGGAUUAUGUUUCAA